AUACAGUUUUCAUUUCAGCGGGCAACUCUUCCUUAUCUGCCUCCCCCAGGUGUCCCCACCACAGCACCGAUCCUCUUAUCCAAAGCAAAUUACUUAGUACUAGGAAAUUGCUGCGGUCAGUCUGGAAAGUGAUUGGAGACGAAAGUGAGCAGCAAAGCAAUCCACGUCUGCUAAUCCGAUCCCGUUGAAUGAAUCACCCAAACCCAACCUACAAUCCAAAAAUCCGUGCAUGAAUGAUCCCAAUUCCCCAGCUUCAUUCACAGUUGAGCUAGGAGUAACAAAAAAGGGAGACCCUUUACUUUUAAUUACAAGCUCCCGUAAUAGAAGGAAUGGCAGAUGGUUCCCUGAGGAAAAUUGGAAGGUUUUGUUUGAUUUUUUGCAAGCAGAAGAAGAACCGUACUGAAGGCGGCUGUGUUUGCACUGCCACUAAAAUAGGGAGAAGGGGCAGUGGCGGGGGAAGGGAAAGGGGAUUCUCAACCACCACAGCCACCACUGAGGAAAAGAGGAGCCCGCAGCAGCAGCACAGCCAAGGGAACGACAACAAGAAGUCGUCUAAUAUCAACCUCUUCACUGCAAUCAAUCAAGCCCUCCAGAUUGCCUUAGAUACAGAUCCUCGUGCUUAUGUAUUUGGGGAAGAUGUCAGCUUUGGUGGUGUCUUUCGUUGCACCACCGGUUUAGCUGAUCAAUUUGGCAAAAACAGGGUUUUCAACACCCCUCUCUGUGAACAGGGAAUUGUUGGAUUUGGUAUCGGUCUAGCAGCAAUGGGAAAUCGGGCCAUUGCAGAAAUUCAAUUUGCAGAUUAUAUUUUCCCUGCUUUUGAUCAGAUUGUCAAUGAGGCUGCUAAGUUCAGAUAUCGAAGUGGUAACCAGUUCAACUGUGGAGGCUUGACUAUAAGAGCACCUUAUGGAGCUGUAGGUCAUGGUGGGCAUUACCACUCACAAUCUCCUGAAGCUUUUUUCUGUCACGUCCCUGGUAUAAAGGUGGUAGUUCCACGGAGUCCACAGCAAGCAAAAGGGUUGUUGUUAUCCUGCAUACGAGACCCAAAUCCAGUUGUUUUUUUCGAACCAAAGUGGCUUUACCGUUUAGCUGUGGAAGAGGUUCCAGAAAAUGAUUACAUGUUGCCUCUGUCACAAGCUGAGGUGAUUCGAGAAGGUGCUGAUAUAACACUUGUUGGUUGGGGAGCACAGCUAGCAAUUAUGGAACAGGCCUGCGUUGAUGCUGAAAAGGAUGGCAUUUCUUGUGAACUAAUAGACUUAAAGACGCUGAUACCAUGGGAUAAGGACACUGUAGUAGCCUCUGUUAGGAAGACUGGGAGGCUUCUGAUAAGCCAUGAAGCUCCAAUUACAGGUGGAUUUGGUGCUGAAAUUUCUGCCUCUAUUGUUGAACGCUGCUUCUUGAGGUUGGAAGCACCUGUUACACGAGUAUGUGGCCUGGACACCCCUUUUCCUCUUGUUUUCGAACCCUUCUACCUGCCUACAAAGAAUAAGAUAUUGGAUGCAAUCAAAUCCACUGUAAACUAUUAGAGAAUAUGCAGCUCUGCUUUAUUUAGAAGAGCUGUCAAGUCAGAGCAGUGAACUGCUUGAUUUAAAUACAAUCGGCACCUCACCUGCUGAGAUGGGAAGAGCACGUCUACCCCUUUCAAUGUAGUUGUGCAUUGCAGUCUAUUAUGGCUCACCCAAGAAUGGUUUCUGUUGCUCGCCUCCAAUUCAGAGGGUGCAAGAUAAGACGCAGAAUCACAAGUCUACAUGAACAUGCCUGCUGUUUGUAUCCAUUUGUUGAAAGAGGAAAAUAUGCAUUGAAAAUUUAUAGAACAUAGCAACCAAUUCCUUCCAUUCAUCAUCCCUAA